AGUCGGCAGGCAGAUACUCACUUACUUCUCACUCAGAUACAGUGAGGUGCUGGGAACUUGGCUUAAUCAGACGGAGACGUUCGCAUGUUAAUAGGACGUUUUGGUCAUUUGAUUUAGAUUAGGACCGAGAGUGGCUUUAUUCUGUAUCCCAUGACGACUAAAAACUAUCACAAUCUUAUAGUUUGCGUAUUGACAGCCAGCUGAGCCAAACAGGUGGUGCGUGUGUCAGGGUUUAGUUUUAGGGACAGGGAUUCAGAUGUCCCAUUCUCACAGAGGACUUCAUAGUAAGCAGUAACAUUAGGUUCAAAGGACAACAGGUUUUGUUCAACAGGCGCAGGGAUGCCCGAUGCAGGAACAGACAUGGGGACGGACAGCGGGAGGAUUUUGGGGGUGAAAGCUCCCCUGGCUCCCGCAGGAACAGAAAACACCCCUCCUUCGUCUCUGAGCAGCGGUCUUCAAGCUGACAUCCUCCGAAACUUUUACCACACGAAAAGUGUCGGGAAUUAUCUGAUCGGGAGGAAGCUGGGAGAGGGCUCGUUCGCCAAAGUGCGAGAGGGGCUUCACGCGAUCACCGGCGAGAAGGUGGCAGUAAAAGUGAUUGAUAAGAAGAAGGCCAAAAAGGACUCGUAUGUGACAAAGAACUUGCGUCGUGAAGGCCAUAUUCAGCAGAUGAUCCGGCACCCCAACAUCACCCAACUGCUGGACAUCCUGGAGACGGACAACAGCUACUAUCUCGUCAUGGAGCUCUGCCCUGGUGGAAACCUCAUGAACCAUAUUUAUGAGAAGAAAAGGCUGGAAGAAAGAGAAGCCCAGAAAUAUGUACGCCAGUUAGUCAUGGCGGUGGAGCACCUGCACAGGGCAGGAGUAGUUCACAGAGACUUAAAGAUUGAAAAUCUCCUCCUUGAUGAACAAGACAACAUAAAGCUGAUCGAUUUUGGACUUAGUAACUGUGCGGGCAUUCUGGGAUACUCUGAUCCCUUCAGCACACAGUGUGGCAGCCCAGCAUACGCUGCCCCUGAGCUUCUCUCAAGAAAGAAAUAUGGGCCCAAAGUGGAUGUCUGGUCAAUAGGGGUGAACAUGUAUGCUAUGCUGGCUGGUACCCUACCAUUCACCGUGGAGCCAUUUAGCCUGAAAGCACUGCAUCAGAGGAUGGUGGACAAGGAUAUGAACCCUCUACCUCCAUCCAUCUCUUCAGCUGCCACCAGCCUGCUGAAGAAACUUCUCGAGCCUGACCCCGACAAAAGACCCAACAUCCACCAAGUGAUGGCAGACCCAUGGCUGCAGUUGGGAAACCCUCACACUGGAGUUCCUUACUUAAAUAGGAUCCACAUUAAGGAGAUCAACCACACAGUUCUGCUCCACAUGACAGAGAAAAUGGGCUACAAACACAGUGAAGUUCUGAGCGCUGUGCUCACUAACAAAGCUUGCCACACGCUGACGGUGUACUUCCUCCUCAGCAACAAGAUGAAGAGACUCUCAAAAGAGUACAGGGAGAAACAGUACAACAUUGAGAAGGAGAAAAAGAGUGAGCUGUUCCAGACUCAAUGGAGGAAGCACGUUGAGAAGGUUACGAUUCCACCCAAGCAGACACCCGCAUAUCUCGCUGUGAACAAAGGUCCCACCAAGGAGAAGAAACAGAGAAAUGGUCUUCUGAAAGCUGUGACUGGAGGUUUUAAAGAUGUUUACUCAGGACGUGAUGGCUGCAUCACUUCAUCCUCUCUGGAGUACAUGGAGAUCCACCCCCUGUACCCAACCCCACAGUCGACCCCAACCCAUCCUACACCCGAGACCCAACCAGACCAGAAAGACAGAUCCAAAGAUUCCCCAAAAGCUGUCAAAGUCCCCGCUCGCCCACCUUCCUCCCUCGGCGCUCAUUCCUGGGCUUCCGCAAGCAAGGAACCCAGCAAAGACAGUCCUCCAUCACCAUGGUACAAGCUGACCAACGGAGAGCUCUCUCCACCUCGACAUGUGUCUGCUUUCCAGCCCGAUAGCUCGUACUUGAAGAAGGCCACGAUCCCAAGCAUACCUGCUCUCAUCGUCAAACCUCAACCCAAGAAAGCUUCAGAGUGGAUGAGCUACACGGUGUCCAGCGGUAGCCCACCUAGCAGCGUGGGAAACAAUGAACCCGACAGCCCACCUGUUCACAUCAUCAAACCUCAACCCAAGAAAAGUCCUCCUGCUUCAGAGCGGUUGAGCUCCUCAGAAUCAAACGGUAGCCUGCCUAACAACAAGGGUAGCGAUAAACCAGACAGCCCUCAGCACCGCAUCAAGUUCCCUUCCAUGGGCAUCGGGCAGAUUUUAAAGAAAAAGGUGUCGCCCUUCAGGAUUCAGCUGUCGUUCAAGCCAGAGCGUGUGGUGGAAGUGGAGUCUCCAACUCCCUACCAUAUGCAAACUCUGAUCUGUGCCACAGGGGCUCUCAAAACCCUGUGCUGAGGAGAAGAACUUUUAGAUUAUAUAAAGUCAGAUGUAUGCAGUAACAUGUUAUCUCACCAACAACGCUUGCAGUUUGAGCAGUUGGGCUUCCCACUCGUAGACCAGAUGUAUUGCUAACCCCCACAGGGAGUCAUUUGGCAUGUGUCAUAUACAUAGUUUGAGUGAAAACUUGCAGAGAACAUAUAGGCUCUGAACACUGUGUAAAAUUAGCCCUAGGAUAGUAGACACUGAACAUCAAGUUCACAUGCAGCAGCACAUACAACACGAAUCUAGUCCAAGUGCCAUGUAGCAGCUUAGCAACAACCUUUAACGCACAAUUGUUCUGUGAAACAAUGCUGUCACUGCCCACAAUAAUGUGUGUACUAAUGUGUUCAUGUACAAUAAUACUACGAAGACUGUUAAUGAAUGGUUGGAGGGGUUUUUGACAGCGUGCUUAUUUGAUCAAACAAUAAUAGUGAUUUUUAAGCUCUUAUUGUAUUUAACCUCAAAUUGUAAUGACACUCAGGUCAACAAUGCUGAACUUUUCUAAUUGCCUCAAUUUUAAACCUGUAGUGAAACUGUCAAUAUUUGAUUGGAAGAUGACAUUUUGUAUUGUUUUUUCCCCUUCAUAGGGGAUUGCUGGCAUUUUGUAUAGCCUUAAAUAUCUGCAUUCAGCCUUUGGGCUGCAAUGGAAGAUUUACAGUGUUAUUUGAAUUCUUAGUGUUUGAGAUUCAUUCUACCUACAAAGUAAAUGUUGGGUGAAAUAAUAGAUUGUGCAAUAGUGUGUAUAUAUUUAAUGGCUGACCUGGUUAUUACCAGGGUGAUGUUUUCUCUCCCAGAAGUGUCUUUCAUUCCAUGUGUUUGAAGGUGAUUCAUGCUGUCAAUACACAUUAGAUUUACAAGGAAGACCUCUUUCACAGUCUUCACGUGCACCGAAGAGUAUAACUGUGAAAAAAAAAACGUUCUCAUCACAGCUACGCUUUUGCAUGCACACCAGAAAAAAAAAAAAUGUGAUGUCAGUUUUUGGUGACACGUCUUUGUACUUUUGUUACGUUGAAGAGCAAUUUGAAGGUCUUUUGUAAGUUUUGUAUUGUUUUGAUUAUUGCCAAGUAAAAAAAAAAAAAGAUUUUCUAAAGAUGUAAAAAAGAUUUUAAAUAUUUAUAUUUAAAAAUAUUCUUUCUUUUCUGAAUUUCUAUUUUAAACCGCCAUGUAUUACUUCAUUGACACAAAUAAAUGCACAAAACCUAAA